UCUCUCUCUCUCUCUCUCACUCACUCUCUUUUUUUGUACGCGCGAUAUUCAGCCACGUCGAUGCCGCUAUUGAACCGUCGCCGAUAGCACGAAUAAUAAUUGUCCACUGUAAUUUCUCCCGCGAACUAGGACGCAUAUUCUCGUUCCGCCUCCUAUUGUCCCGCUAUAACUCUUUUCGCACAUCUUCGACGCGGGGCUGGCGAGAAUUUAUAAUUACCAGCGCGCUCUUGUGUUUUAUCAAAGCGCGCUCGCGUCGAUAUAUCGACUGCUCGCUGCUUUAUCACCGUUAAGUCCAUUAAUUGACGCUAAGUAGGUUGGACGAGCGCGAUGCAACAAGGCGAAAUAAAAGCCGCCCUGCGACCCACGUUGGCUCUCGUGGCCGCGUCGGUUUUUCUCGAUGGCUCGCCUCGCCGUCAUUCACGUGUCAUUACGAAUCAUUCUCGCGGAUCGUUAACCGUCAUCGUUGUCAGCGGCUUAUUAAUUCCGACGCGUUCGCCGACAGGAGAUACCGUUAUCGAUAAAUCGCAUUUCCUCUGUUGGUUAUUCGAUUAACGGGCUGUGCGCGGUUAAUUAACGCCCAUCGAGGUAACGAAGACAAAGAAACGAGAUAAUCCGGGAGAAAAUCCGAUAAAGCCGAAACGCACCAGCGAUGAUGCGCAAUUCACAGCAGAGGUGUGAUGCCUUCAGACUGUUGUUUCUUGUCGCGACGAUUUGGAGGGCCGCUGCUAGGAAAUUCAGAUCGAAUAGCAAUUUCGCGUUACGACUGGUUUUAUCCGUAAUUAAAUGCCAAGUAUAUGUGCGCGAUAUUCUUAGUUGAAAUAUCUCAUAGAUCGUGAGUCAUAAAAUUUUAAUCACGCAGAUGACGAGAUCGAUUGUGUUGGUGCACUGAGAAAAAAAGAUAGUCGAUUUGACCAAAAAUAUAUAAUUACUUUUGAUCAUAAAUAAUAUUUUUUGAUUGUUCUAACAUGAAAAUGAUAGUGAUCACAUGCAUAUAAGAUUAUUAUCGCUAACAUUGUAGUAGGAUUUAAUAAAAAAAAAAUACUUUCCUGGACUAUAAUUUAUAACAAUUAUUUCUUUAUGUAAUUAUAGUUACAAAUAAGAAAAUCUUUUUUCUCAGUGUGACGUGUAAAUUUUACAGAUUAUUAGAGCCAUCUUCGUCGAGUUUGUAGAUUGACUUCCUCAAUUAUAAUGUAUCUUUUUACAUAAAAAAAAGUUUCCCCAAGAAAUUAGUUGCAUUGUCGAUCAACGUAUAAUAGAUGUAAUUUAGCUUUACGCGGCGGAGGAUUAUCGUUAUGAACUUUCGCAGCACGCAAUAAUGUAGCAACUUUCGUAAUUUUUUAAAGCUAGUCUAUUACACGUGCAACUUUACAAUUUUUUUCACGUUAUUUUAUGCGCAAUUGGAAUAACUUCCAUUUAUAUUAAAGUUGCAUAUAGCCGGUGAUAGUAGGUGUACAAGUGGAUGUGGUAAAAGAUAACUUUCCCUUCUACUUUUGAAGAGAGAUUUAUCUUCUCCUUUCCUCGCUUUUAAGCGAGAAUAAGUCAGCGAAAGGAAUAGAAAAGGAGUUGAAAAGUCGGCGAGAACAUAUUAAUUUUUCGGGAGAGGAACUCCCGAUGAAAAAGAGAUCAAAAUCUACAAACAACUGACCACAAAGUCGAAGGGACAUAGGCAGUGAUAUCGUACCUUUCUCAGGUUUCUCGGGGUUCCUCAGAAAUCCAUCGAUCACGCCUUCCUCAAAUAUGAACUUCCCGAUCACAUUCAUAUAAAAUAUUAAGUACGGAAAAAUAAAUAAAUGUGACAUCAGACGUCAUGUUAAAUUCCACAUUAUGAGAAAACUCUUUAUUCGGUUACAUCGUUACGCAUAUUUAUUACGUAUCUUUGUGGUAAAUACGUGCAAAUAACAAUAAUAAUUUAUUUAACGUCGAGAUUCGAAGAGUGCAGGAGUGUUGAUUUCAUUAAUUUUAUUAUUUAUGUUCGGUUAUACAUUCGCACAGUGGCGCGUGUGAACUUUAUUAUGGCGUUUACUCGCUCGUUUCGCAGUCGUUGCAUCAGUUCCAUUUUCUUAAUUACAUUAUUUCCAUCUUUUGUUCCCUCGAACAAAAGCGCCGGCAGGGUCACGGCACGGGGAAUAACUCCGCUUGUGUAUUCCGAAACUGUUUCUUCGGCAUGGCAAAAUUCGAAAAGGCAAGAAGUCCGGUUGGCUUUCAGCGGAACGCUGAAAAGCGGAAGAGACGAAAACAUCGGUAAGGAGGAGAGGGAACGCGCGUCCGUUCCGGAAGUCGGGAGUUGAGUUGUUCUUCGAGUUCGUGUAUUCGUAUAUCGAUGCACUUCCAAUUCACUAUUAAUUGAAAUAGAAAAUAUCAAUCCUGAGAAACGACAGGACUUGACAGUGUAUUCUUUUUUCAUACUUUUAUACACUUAAUUGCGGCAGAGAAGGAUACUCAGAAAUAUGCUUUCUGCCGACCUGGAUAAUAUAAUUGCAGCGGAAAGCUGGAUAGUAUAGGCAGAGAGAGAAAGAGAGAGACUUGCCCUUAUUUACAUUAAAUAUAAAUAUAAAUAUAUAAAAGAUGAUAAUCGAAAUGCAAUUAAAAUUUUUGUGCAGAAUAUUUUAUCGGAAAAGUUACUUGUCUCAUCUUCUCCUGUAAUUAGGCCACCGAAUAGAGUCAAAUAACAGGAUAGAGUGUAUCGGCUAAUUAAAAGACUGUAAUUUUCUAGCAUCGAAUUUCGAUCUUGUUAUUCUCUAAUGAUAUUCGAGGAUACUUGAGAGCAGAAAGGUUCAUUAUUCUACUUAUUUUCUUGACACCUUCGUUGUUCUUGUAAAUAACAAGAAAUUCCGGUCGUUGGAGAUUCCAUCAAUUCUGGAAUGCAGAAUAUAUAUGAAGAUAGAGAUACGAAAGUUUGUCGGGUUAUGCAAGAUACAGUUACUUUUGAUUUUUAUAUCCAAUGCGGAUCACAAACGCUCACAUUUUGUAGUUCGAAAGCAGUACAUUUUUUUUAUAAUUCCUUAUGAUGUCCCCAUUUAUUAUGCGUUUUCGAAAUCAUUCUGUAUUAUAGUUUAGAAAAAUGUUUCCAAUCUUUUGAGAAAUAAUUCUUGAAAAACCAUCUUUACUAUGUAAUUAUUUCGAUAUAUUUUUAUUACCAACUUUUCUGCUGCGUAAGUUUCUUUCAUACGUAUAUUUUGAAUAACAGAUGAUACAUUACAAAAAAUCGGAAACUAACUUUUUAAGCUCGAAAAACGAUUUUGUUUUUCGAAGUAAUUAUGUUUUACAGUGACUAAAAAUUUUUAAACUUAUCUGAUACACAUUUUUUCGCAGUAUACUUCCAAAUUUUUAAUAAAACAGAAAUGUCAGCGAUUUUACUAGAAUUGAACAUAUAAGUCGAACUUGUUCGCGUCAGGAGCUUGUCUUACGAACUAUAAGUAACUAUCGGAUUCUUCGUGUUUUCUUUUUUAAAGAAAAAUCCAUUUUACCUCAGACAGAACUUCCUUACGCGCAUCAUACACAUACCAGCGUGUCCGUAGGGGCAACCUGUGCAUAUUCCCUCCGGGUUAGACGCGCAUCUAGUCCAGUUUAUAUACGCUCGCCAUUCUCAAAACGUGCGCGGGGUUAAGUUGGCGAACAAAAUCACGCGCGUAAAAGGACACGGUAAAAAAUGCCCUCGAGUGUCGCUUUGUGCAUGUGACGUUUUGGCGACCAAUAUCAUGACGAUCUGUCAGAUACAGCAAGCGAACGAUUAAACGAUGCAAAUGCGCGAUGACGCGCGUACACACAAUCGAAUUUCCGUGAAAUCAUAACCACAGGGAGCUCUAUCUGCUUUUCUCUUUCUUUCUCGCCUCUCUCGCUUUUUCCCUUUGAUUUUGACCACUUUGAAGAGGAAACGAAACUCAUUUUACACUCUGCCCGAUAGUUUCUUACAUAGUUUGUGGUCUCGACACAGAUUGAUUGAUUUUAUAUGUAAAUUUCGGCGAGCAGCGUCCAGUAACUUCGUCGUUAGCAAUUGCAUGACGAUGCAUUGUGUUAAAUUCGAGCUUCGUGAGAACUAUGGUGGUCAUCCCUGGGAUAUGCCGAUAAGAGACGAGAGAGUACACUGAGAGUGAUCUUCCGUGACGGGGGAUGUGGGGAAGCCUGAUAGAGGAGGAGGACGAGGAGAAGAGCGAAAGACGCGCAGGAGAAUCUGAUCGAUCGCGGUCACGAGAACGACGGAUGCAAAACACGUGUCAAGAACCAUGACAGCGAUCUGCUUCGUGUGCAACCUGCCGAUCCUGAGUCAUCAGGUCGGGCUGAUAUGGCAGGGCGGCAACGGCUGGGACGACCUCGUGCGGGAACAAGUGGAGGAAUCCACUCUGAAGCAACGACUGGGGACCGGCAGAAGGGACUCUGCGGCGCAGAUCACGUCGAUCUCGCCACCGGACGAUACCCAGGAGUCCUCCCCGACAAAUCAACGCCGUCGACGAUCCAGCCUCGCUCAGCUGACUGACAUCCUGCGCGAGUGGAGCGGCGGCGGUGCCUCCGGGAAAAGCGGACGUGGUAACAAACUCUGUCGCAGAGAAACCUUGGCGGACAUUGCCAAGUCGCUGCCAUGGUCGCGACAAACCACCACAGACGCCAGUCACCUGGCGAGUGUGCGAAAGAGACGAGAGAGCUCGGUCGACAGCGGCAUCAGGAGCCAGGUGUCGAACAAGUCCAGACGGGACUCCGCCAUCAGUGACUUCAAGAACGACCUCGCCAGGCUGUGGAGCAAGAAGGAUGUGCAGCAACAGCCGCAACCACCUCCCACGGUCAUCUCGCCUACGCCACGACGAGGCUCGGGCGAAUCGAGAAAUUCUCGUCGUGGUUCGGGCGAGAGCCUCAGGUCCAGGAGAGAUUCGAUGAUCACUGCACAGUCUACAAGUAGCGAGCGUAAACAUAACUGUCGUCAUCACAGGCGUAGGCAAUCUCAACAAUCGGUCGAUGGAGGUGGUAUGACGCCAACGAAAUAUUACAGGAACGAUCAGAGGCCGAGCGCUUCAAGUACAGACAGUGCGGCUAGUAAUGCGGUCAGGGAACAUCUGGAAGCUCAGAGGAACUCCAUGGACAGGUCGAGCAGUAUCGAGACAAAGACUCAAUCACCGGGCCUCCUCAUGACCAACACGAAGGCGACAGUGACGACGUCGGCAUCUUUGAUGAUCGACAGUAAGACACCUGUCGUCGCCACGACGACCGAUUCGAAAAUGUCGACGGUAACGGUAAGCACCUCGGUGGCGGUGUCCAGUUUUUCGACUUUGUCUGUGGACACGAAGACCAUGGUCGAAGGCAAAUGUGCCACUCUGGACGUACCCGUGAACCCGCCGACUAUUGUCAUGUCCUCGGUAACACCACCGGCGGUCUCACCGACGGUCGGAAGCAGCCUCCCGCUUCCCGGCACCUCGACUUCCGGCAGUUCCAGUCCGGUCGGCUCUCCGAACGUCAAUAACACACCUACGCAUCCGUUGCUUUCCACCCGAAGGGAUUCGACUACGCAGUGCUACUACAAGGGUAAAGAAGUCUCGCCGAAUAAACUGUCAAGACUGACACGCCAGCAGGCAGCGAUAGACGAAUCGAUGCCGCCCACAGGACGUCGUGGUAGCCAGCCAACUCUAUUACCCGACCCAGACGAUGGGGGUCGGAAAGCACGGAGGGAUUCUUUGAGUCCGGAUUCCGCUUCCUACCCACGGCGGCGCGAUUCAAAGAGCCAUCUGAGCCCCGACAGGAAUGUCGAUAAGAGAGAUAUCAGCCCUAUCAGACAACGGAAAGCUCGACUGAGGAGGCAAUCCACCUCCAUGGCUGGUCGGCCACCGAGGUCACCGGACAGUUCCUCAUGUUCGUCCAGGGAUCCUAGUCCUUGCGCCCGUGCACCGAGCGGCAUUCAGCAUGCGCCGAUAAUACGACGGCAAUCCACCACCGAGGAGAUUCUGAUAGCGCGCGGAUUUCGACGGCAGAGCACCACCGAGGAGAUGAUACGAUGCCGCAAUUUUCGACGACAGAGUUCUCAGAGCGACGACACGGUUCAAAGAUACCGCGGUCGAAGGGACAGCUCGGCUCAGAUCACAGACGGCACUUUCGCGACGAUGACAGUCGAGACAUCUAGCACCUUCUUCGACAGCAGCACCCAGACUGAACCCUCGCCGUUGUACGACAACAACCACUACCACGAGGAGUGCCUAAAAUGUAACAGCUGCGGCCUGAAUCUCACGGGACCCAAUCAGAAGCGGGCGAGACGGUUCAAGAACCAGAUACUUUGCGAUCUGCACUUUGCCGACGUGGCGCUGAUGGAGUGCUCGGACUUCAUGCAGCAGUUGCGCAGCUUCAAACCACAAAGUUUAGGCUGCGCAGUUGCGAGAAGAAAGUCCUCGACCACGUUGAUCUUCCCGCUGCCACCUCAAGCGUGCUCCGAUGAGUUCUGCCAAGAGUUUCCGCACAACUUGUUACCGACACCCGGCUAUUGGAUCGAGUGUUCGCGGCAGCAGAUCGCGUCGGACACGAUCUGGGACGAGACCGAGAGCGAUCGCGAGGCUACCGAUCCCGAACACGCGGAGGAGCAGUCGGAGCCGUCGUCAAUGCUGAAGCGGCAGGAUAACAGCUUCUGCCUAUUCGAAGAAAAUGAGGUCGAUACGGACGAUGUACCGCGGAAGAAGACCGCCAUCGAGGAGCAAUGGGAGAAGAAUCAGGGCUUUGAGCUCACCUCGGUCGAGCAGGAGACCUACGAGAAGUACUUCUACGGCUCGGAGCAUUGGAAUUACUUCACGAACGACGAGGAUCUCGGGCCGGUGAUACUCAGCAUCAAGCAGGAGACGCUUAAUAGCCGAGACCAGUUCAGGAUCUUGGUCAGAGCCAUCAGUUACACGGUCCACGGCCUUAUCCCCGCCAGUUGCGUCUUUGCCGACCGGUACAAUCGCGAGGAAGUGGUACGUAGCCUCGGCAAGGAGGUAAACAUCAACCCGCCGCUGACUUUGGGCCAAUUGCCAGACACGCCCGAAGAACUUCUCAAGCUCGAUCAAGUUUUUAUUAAAUCCGAGCUGAAGGUGGGGGUGAUGUAUGUUCAGGAAGGUCAGUACAACGAGGAGGAGAUACUCGACAACAACGACAACUCGCUGCUCUUCGAGGAGUUCUUGCAGAUUCUCGGCGACAAGAUCAGGCUGAAGGGUUUCGAUAAGUACAAAGGCGGUCUCGACACCGUGCACGAUUUGACGGGCCUAUAUUCUGUCUACACCAAUUGGAGGGGUAUCGAGAUAAUGUUUCACGUGUCCACUUUAUUGCCUUACGAGAAGCACGAUCCUCAAAAGCUCCAAAGAAAGAGACACAUCGGCAACGAUAUAGUGUGCGUCGUGUUUCUGGAAGCCGACAACACGCACUUCAGUCCAUCUUGCAUUAAGUCGCACUUUUUGCACACGUUUAUCCUGGUACGAGUGAGUCCACGGAUAAAACGGAAAAUCACGAGAUACGAGGUGUCCGUGGUCACGAGAGACGAAGUUGGGGCCUACAAACCAUAUCUAUGGGAGCAAAGCGUUUUCGAAAAAGGUCCGAUGUUCCGCGAAUGGAUUUUAACGAAAAUCGUAAACGGCGAGAGGGCGAGUUAUUCAGCGCCGAAAUUCGCGAGGAUGCAGGAGAGGACCAGGAGUCAAAUGUUGGAGGACAUCGUGGCGAAUCUCGCGAAUCAUGCGGAGACUGGGCAGAUCCCGAAGCCGUACAGACGAGGUUCUUGGCGACCGAUUGGGCACAUGAGACCGUCUUCGCCGUUGUUGGAUUCGGUACGGGAUCAGUUCGAGGACUAUGAUCAACUCGCGAAGGACUUCACCCGAGUGUUCCUCAAUAAUUCAGCGAACGUGACGCUAAACGCUAGUCUGUUCGACGUCUCCUUCCUUGUGCCAGGACAACAAAAGCAAAAAGUCAGAUUUAUCGGAGUUAGGGCGAUCUUAGCAGUGAGAAGCAGAGUGUUCCAAGAAAUGCUGUACGGUAUCCAAGCGGGCUUUGGAAGCCCGCAAGUUCCAGUCGCCGAGUUGCUCGCAAGGCCGGCACCGACGUUGCUCAGCCCGCAAAAACCGAAGAGCUCGAAUUUCCUUCAAGUUCCCGACGUGGAAAGUCCUAGGCCCAAAAGUGUCCCCUCAUCGCCAAUGGUGAAACGGGCCUUCUCGCGAUUGGGCACGAUCACCGCGGGAUGGGGAAGGAGCAUUAGGAAGCACGGCAGUGGAAACACCCUGCAGAGCGAGGAUCGAAAACGAUGGGCCAGCUCGCAAGACUGCAGUAAUAAGGAAGCGAAAGAUAAGGAUAAAGCGGCAUCAUUGGCAGUGCCAAGGCUAAGUGUUUGCGCGGACGUGCAGAAAGUAGAUAGAGCGAAACUAGCACAGACCGAGUUCGACAUUAUCGAGUUUGAUCCAGAAACGUUCCGUAUUCUGCUGGAUUAUUUGCACACUGGUUCCUGUCCGCUGACGUGCAGCAACAUACCGGGUCUGAUAUGCGCCGCGGAACACUAUGACUUGCCCGAGCUUCUUCAAGCUUGCUUCCAUCAUGCUAAACAGUUCCUCAGAAUCGAGAUUGUCUGUGUGAUGCUCUGCGCCCUCGAGAAUUACUACUGGCGUUAUACAUCCGCCUCCGAACUGGUCAACAUGAUCCUCUCGUUUGUCGAGACCAGGGCCUAUCAGCUCUUCCAGAACCCAGACUUCCUUACACUGAGCGAGUCGAUGGUGCAGAUGAUCAUGUGCCGUAGUCUCGAAGUAGUGGAGAUCAAGAAGUUCGAAGCGAUGCUGAACUGGGCGAAUCACAGAAUCAAAACCAAGACGAAGAUCGACGCCAAAGUGGAAUUCAAAUGUAUCAUGGAGAGGCUUACUAGAGAUCUUAAAUUACACAGGAUAACACCACAUGAAUUGAUCAGGAUCGUACUGCCGUCAAAGGCUAUAAAGAACGAGCGAAUCCUCGAAACCCUGAUGUACCAAGCGAACUCGGGCAUCUUCAGGAACGUCGACAGCUAUUUGGAGGCGUAUCAGAAGAAAGUACAGAAUCAAGACAGCUUCGACUGCGGGCUAUAAGGGUAUCUAUGGAAACGCGCGAGAGACAUCGCGUAGAACGAAGUGUACCUGAAGAUAUCUUUCGACGAUCGACUGACGAAUUCUCCGACUACGGGAAUGUCUUAUUUCGUCUUACGCCGUUCUACAAGCAUGUCACGUCACCGGACUCAUCAAGGCGCGCGAAUAAUCGCGAUCCUUUUUUUUGCAGCAGUGAUCUGUAAUUAGAGUGUCAAGCGGCCGCGAUAUUCGAUAUGUAGGAGUGGAUAAUUAUACUGCGGAGCCUGACAAGAGUUAUGAUAGAUUGCUCCGAGAUCGUGUAAGAUCGCUGCUGCCGGGCCACUCGACGAAUAAUGAGUUUAGAUACAGUCCCUGCUCCACUCGCGCAAACUUUGCUCGAUAUUCGCACGGUAAUUCAAUCGCGUCUAGUGGCUCAAGCUGCCGCCCUUGUUUUGUUCACGCUAUCGAGGUAAAUCAUCCGCCGGAGGCAACAGCGACGUAAUCCCGAUACCCCACGACCGUCAUAUUCGCAAACGAUCCGAUUAACUACUCGACGAAGGGAGAAUUUAAGGAGAUGUAAAAAAAAAGAAGUAAAUGAACUUUGUUUCCACUCUUCGUCAAAAAAUUCAUUGGAUAACGUCGCGAGACAUCGGGAUUACGUUGGAAUAAACUUCGAGACUUUUCUCUUAUUCGACAAGUAUUACGGUAAAGCUGUGAAAUAUUGGCCCCUGCGCCGAUAGAAAUAAAAGUCUCACGCGUGUCGCGUAAUUAUUUCCGGCAUAAUUACAAGAACUCUUAAAGUACAUGAAAAAUAGAUUUUGCUUCCGGUUCUUAAGAUCUUAAGACGUGAAGACUUGCCUUAUAACAAUGCUUCCAUGAUUUCGCAUUAAAUUAAUUUUAUAUUAUUAUCAUCAUAAGACAACAUUAGCGUUUAGAAAUUAGAUUUAUACGCAUUCUUACUGCUUCUUUUUAUCUAGGAACUAAAUUUUAUCUUUGAGAACGCAUUUAACAUAAUUUUCAUUCAAUUUUUGCACAAGCUUUUGAGACCCGUCUUCUUACUGAGUACGUUAUAUUUCCAAUAGCACAGAAAAUGUUCUUCCAAGGUCUCAAAAAGCAGUGAGUAUUGAUGAACUGAGUGUCGGAAUGAAGUGAGGAACGCAAUUACGAUGUGAUCGGCGUUUCGUAUUAAAGUUCCGCGAGUAGGCUUCAUCGAUCUUCGAUGCAGGAUUUGCUACAUUUAAUUCUAAUACGCGGUCCAUAGGAUGAGUGUAUUAUCGAUCGACGCGACUGAGGUCGCGAUCAUGGGAGCGCAAACGCAAGGAGCGUCACGAUUUUCUUACCGUAAAUAAGGAGAUUCGCGCGACGGGAAUUCGGUUUAGAUAGAGAUCGAAGUAAUUAAAUAAAAAGAAUUGUGUUGUAACUGAAUCAUUAUGCUGCGACACCGCGAGUGAGAGGACAACGAUGAGGACAAAUGUAGCCAGUGAUAUUUUUCCGCGCGACAUUGUCACCUGUGCGUGUAAAUGAAAUAAGAAUGAAAUAAACCGAGGACACGACGCAGUCGUUGUCACGAGCACAAGGCGCGGCGUUAACGCAGUUGAAUGAAAGAAAAAGGAGACUCACCUCUGUAGUCAUUGACCGCAGAUUUUCGGAGGCGUGUAUCGUAGUCCGUACCGUAGCCAGAAAUAUCGACGGCACUUAAUAAAUUGCCGACACGUGACAAUCUGUAUUAUAAAGAAGAAAAAUGCUGCUAAUAACACGAUAAAUAAAACAUGGAUUAAAAAGAGGUUUACUACUAUGUAUAAGCUUAAAAAGAAAUAUAUAAAUAUACAUAUAUAAUAUAUAUAUAUAUAUAUAUAUAUAUACAUAUACGUAUCGGGAUAAGGAUAAAACUCUAUAAAUGAUGAGUAACAACAAUAAUAAAAAAAAAGAAAUAAUAACGAUAGUAGUAAUAAUGAAGAAAUAAUAAUGACGAUAAAGCGGCAAACGCGUCGAUGUUGAGUGCGAAGUGAAAACAAAAUCAGAUAUAUUUGAGGUCUUGUUCUGUUUUCUAUCGUAGAUUUUGUAUCUUCGAAUACUCUAAGGCGGAGAUUCUAAAAUUCACACGGGGGCAGACUGGAGAAAGAAUUUCUCGUGCGACAGCGCGCGAGUCCCUUUUUGUUCUGUUGGACGAGAUGUGGCCCUUUCAAAAAACGGGACAUUCAUCUUUCCGAUUGUACCCGCUAAAUUUUUUAUCGCCCAAUCGUGGACUAUGCUGAUCUUCCUGUUCGACGAAGAGACGAGACAUAUCGACGAUCCUUCUCCAUCGCGAGAACGGAUUCCCGAACUGACGUUGGGUUUUCACUCGAGUUUGGUCAACGUGAUUUCGACGAAUUUUUGCGAAUUUUAAGAGAAGAUUUCGACCAGCCUGGCUCCGGUUACGCUUCUAUAACGACUAUAUCAAAAGAGAGAGAAAGAAAAAGAAAGAGAGAAAGUGGAAACGGCAUGAGAAAGCAAAAUAGGGAGGCGAAAUAGCGCGCGAUUUAGCACACGGAUCGAAAAUCCCGCGAACGGUCGCUCUCUUUGAAGAUCCUUUGUAGAAAUCGAUUUUCUCCGGGGUUUCCAGGGAAGAAAAUAUUUUUACACGAUCUCUCGACUGGGGUCGUCCGCAAUACGACAUAAUAUUUUCGAGCGCCGAUCCCCCGUAUAUUGUGUUAUUAUAUACGUAACAAUAUAUAUUACGGUGUAACGUGCGUGAAGGGAUAAAAAGGUCGUUAAUCCUCAGCCACUACGGUGCAUUCAAAUCUUGUCCCAGUUUUAGAUACUUGUGCAAAAAAAUAGCGUAUAGGUUUGUGUGUUCGAUUGAUUGAGAACUCUAACUUCUCUGUAGUGUAUUUUAUGAUCAACAGUUUUUAAAAACUGUCAAUCUUAAAGUGAAAUUGUUAGCAUCUUCCGUAUUAUUAUAUAAUUACAUUGCAGAAAUUAUUUAUAAUUUGUCAUUAGUAUUAGAGUGGUUCGAUGGUACAUACAUAUAUGAAAAUAUUAUGUGUAUUGAUAUAAUGAAGAAAAUUAUUUUAAUAUCCGUGAAAAUUAUGCAAAUUUUAAAUUAACAAUUUACUUCUCGUCGUAAGUAUAACAACAAUACGAACACGCUGACAACAAUCAAAGAUAAGAUCGUUUUCUACCUAAUUAUUGGGACUAGAAUUGAUACGUCACCGUAAUAAUCUUAUCUAACAUUUAACCACAGUGGUCGAGGAUUAAAAAAUCGACCCUCCUCUCGCCGCAAAGAUCGCCAAACUGUUAAGUGUCUUAUUGUUCAAACAAGCGGCUGGACGAAAGUAGAAUUUCGAAAUGUCUUUGUUCGAGAGAAAUUCGAUUAUUAUUGCAUGCCAAAUUGUUAGGUAGGAUCACUCGUUUCGGUUAUCGUGUGAUUUGCGUCGUUAAUAAUUUACAUCAAUCAUAUGCACUGUGCGGUAAAGAGAAUUUUUGUAAUGCUUUUGCGGGGAAUGAUAAAACAACAAAGUACGAACAUAUAAAAUAUAUAACAAUAAAAAAAUAUAUAUAUUUAUUUAUUUAAUGAAAUAUGGAAAUUGUAUGUUAACUAGUUAUGGGAAAAAACCGUUUUAAAUCCAUAACUUUUAAAAAAGAGAAAAAUGCAUUACUACAAAGUUGUAAAAAACAGAUAAAUUUCAUUUUUUAAAUAUAGAUUCAAGAGACUGUUUUCUCCAUGGCUUUUAAAUGGCUGUUUUAACGCAAUAUCUAUUUUUUUAAAUAUGGAUUUCAGACUAUUUAAAAGUUUUUCAAUUAUGCAGCAGUUAUUUCCCUAACUGAUUCAGCGAACAAUUUUCUCGGAGAUUAGAUUAAUUAGUAAUGGUAUAAAUCUCCGCGUAAGUAAAUCUAAUAUGAAGACAUCGAAAUUUAUCGGCACCUAUUCGUCACCGCACAUAUGAUAAUGAUGAAUUUUCUGUCGCGAAAUUACGUCUUACUUCGCGAUCCAAACGAAGGACAUACACGAUAACGGGGACGACCGAGCGAAACUCGAAAUUCUACUUCGUCAGUGUGUAAGCGUAGAUGUUCAGUGUGUGAUCGAAGUAUAUUUGAUUGGUCGCUGUAUCGAUUUCCACGACGUCUCACAGUCUUCGUAGAGACGCCGGGAAGAUCAUUAUCCAUUGCGCGUUAUACAAUAUGUGUAAACUAAUUCGCGCCUACUAUUAAGAUACAUUGUUAACAUGUGAUGAAAAUUUUACUUAGACAUCAAAAUGUCAUUUAAAAAGAUGCUUUCAAAAAUCACGACUCUUAUUGCAAAAAAGAAUUAUUUACAUUAUUACGAAGUUGUAUGCAAACAAUCUUGCAUUCCAAUCCAAACGUAAUUAGCUAAACUUUACUUGAUAAUCACUUUAUUAAACAUCGCGAAAAGAAAUAAUUAUUCGAUUCAAAUUUCCAUUAAGAAUAGCACUGUAUGAAUAAUAGUUGCGAAUUGAUUUACACUCUGUAUUUAUCGGGACGAAAAUUGACGCAGGUUCACUUAAAUUUUACAAAACGACGAGAUCCGUCAUACACACGUUAUUAUAACGCAAUUGUGGUUUCGUGAUUGUGAGUAUGUCAUAUGUAAAUUCGAGAUAUAGAUCAGAAUAUUUCAACGCGAAUUCUCACGUAUAAAAAUUUCAAGAUAAGACUCGUAAUAUAUCUAAUAUAUUAUGCGCUACAAUUUAAUUUCUAAUUCAAUCUUAAGACCGGAGUUUAAUUCGGGCACUCGAUUAAUCGCGCAAGAUUAUGUUUUUGUAAAGAAUGUUACAUUCAACUAGCACACAUUUGUGCAACGAUGAUUCACUUACGUUAACAUCAGUAACAGUGAAAUCAAUAUAACUAUAAAACAUAAUGUUAUUAUAUUUAGAUUUUGAUGCUGCAGCGUGGCAGCAAAAUGUCUCGUGUAAAAUUCAUAUCUAUAAAAUCGGCGAAUUGAAUUCGCCGAGAUUACACAACGAUGGCGAUCCUCGAAGAAUUCGUAGAAGAUAUGAUUCGAGAUAUGAAAAUAUGUGACCCUGCGUUCGAGUUCGCCCGAAAUACCACGAAUCAGUACAAACUUGCGCUUGUCGUGUGUAACUCUUCCUCCUCUCGCGCCGCGGCACGGGUAUACUAAUGUACAAAGCGACUUUUUUUACUGUACUCGACGACAGUUCAGGCGUUGCUCGGUCAAGGGAGAACAUAACAUAUGGGAGAGGGGGAGGGAGAAGUAAUGCGUCGUGUGUGAACACAAUACUCCCGCUCUCGAGAACACCCAAAAAUGAAAAUUGAGAAAAAUGUCAUCGAACGCCAUUCUGUCCAGCCAUUGCCGCCUACUGUUCAACUAGCACAUUCAUUCAAGCAAACAUAAAGGAACUAUUUCGCAAAAAUACGAAUAAAAAAUAAAAAAGGAAUAUCUAUAUACGCAUACAUAUACAUAAAAUAUAUAUAAAAUAUAUAUAGAUAUAUAUAUAUAUAUAUAUACAUAUAUAUAAAUAUUAAAAUGUACACACGUACGCAUGGCAUACACGUGCACACGUAAUGCAAGAGAGAAUGAGGGGGAGAGCAAGAGUAUAAUGCGACGAGUAAAAAAUAAAAAAAAGACAAAAAAAUUGUGUAUGUAACGAAAUACUGUGCGCCACGUGAGCGGACUCCGGCGAGUAAGAAUAAAAGUAACUCUAGACGCACAUUGAGACGGAUAGUGGAUUUCUGAUAUGGCAAGAGAAAGAGAGAGAGAGAGAUUGUUUUAUCGAGAGCGACUUGUCACGAUGGUGACCUGAAGCGGUGAUCUAAAAAUCGCCCAAUGUUCUAGGAAGAUAAUCAAGCGCUAAAUGUCAUAUCGCUAAAUGAAUCGAGGCUGAUUGAUCGGUUCUUCACAGUUCCGCUUGCACUGGUUGCUUGCGUCACCGUGUUAAUUGAUAUCAGAGCUUUCAGCUGUAACGUUCCAUUUCAGAUAGUACAGUAUAUCUAUAUUGUAUACUAGUACAAUAUCUAUACUCUCUGUAAUUAUGAUCGUUUUGUAACAGAGAGCUCCUUUAGCGAACUGAUCCGCGCAAAUCAAAACUCUGUCGAAGUAAUUGUACGGGUGCGAGAUUCGGUGUUUACGACGAUGGACGGCAUAUUCGUCGUAUCGCCUAUAACUCAAUGUGCGGCUGGCUUUUAAGGAUAAUCUUGAUCGCGUUUGUUGCGUUUCGUGCGAUAUAUACGAAGGUUGUGCGUAAUAUUAAGCGCUUCUCGAAUUCUCCGGUAUGCGUCUGGUUAUUCGUGCGAUAGUCUAUAAAUGUGUUGUUGCGAUGUCGCGUAUGUGUCAUCCUUCUUAUCUUGUUAAAUACUCGCUGUCCUCCUCGACACUGCUGCCAUUGGAUUUUCAUCUCGUUGUUGUUAUUGUUGUUAUUGUUAAGAGGAAAGUGUAUUGUCCGUUCACACAAUAAUUGCACACGUGUCACGUGAAAAAGGCGUAGCAGCGAGAAGUCACGACUACGACUAUACUUUCCGGCCACGUGGCUUUACGUUGAGAAUUGCGACAAUUGCGCGAAUCGUGAGUUUCUAUAAUCAAACUCUGUACACCUAUAUGAAAUAUUAGAAAUCCCAUAGGACAUGUUCAAAUUCUUGUAAAAUAAUGGUAAAGAGUUAUUUUGCAUAAAACGCUGUGGAAGAUAUCGUUUUUAAAAAGAAAACUAUUUUUUGUGAGAGUAAAAAUGAUCACACUAUUUUUACGGUGUGUGACUAGUACGAAUAAAACAAAAGUCGUGACUCUCGAAUCCUGCAAACUGUAUAUUUCCCUUGAUAAAAUAAUUGUUGAGUGAUCGAUAUCAAUUCGCAAUCAAGCCGAUGCUAUUUUGUUGCGCCGAAUAUCUGCCCUAUUGUUGAUGAUUUAUCGUCCGCAUGUUUUUUAGCUCGUUUCGCGACGAUAUGUAUUACCCGACUGAUAAUUUGUUA